AUGGAAGAGGAACUUUCAGCUUUAAAAGAAAAUCACACAAGGGAUUUGAUAUCCAAACCGGCUAAAGCUUCUGUUAUUGGAAGCAAAUGGAUUAAUCAUAUGGCGACAAUUCGUGUAUUGCUCACUAUAGCAUCCAUCAAAUGGUGGAAACUUCAUCAAAUAGAUGUGAAAAGUGCACUCUUACAUGGUGAAAUACAUGAGAUUAUAUGCAUGAAGCCUCCUCUGGGGUACAACCAAAGUCAACCUGAUACGGUUAACAUAUUUUUUGGGUUGGAGGUUGAGUAUUUGCAGGAUGGUAUCAUGUUAAGCCAAAGGAAGUAUGGAGAUGAUCUUGUCACACAAGCAUGUCUAAGUGAUCAAAAGGUAGCUUACACACCUUUGGAGAUCAAUGUGAAGUACAAAAAUGAUGAUGAUGACCCUCUUGCCGAACCAACAUUGUACAGGAGGCUCAUUGGUUGUCUAAUUUAUUUGACAAUAAUAAGACCUGACAUCUCUUAUCUAGUUCAAGUCUUGAGCCAAUUUGUUACAAACCCUUGCCAGCAUCAUUUUUCUGCUCUUCUCAGAAUCAUUCGCUAUGUUUGGAGUACAAUUAAUCGAGUGUUUUUCUUUCAUUCAGCAUCAUCUCUAAAUCUCGAAGGAUAUGUAGAUGCAGAUUGGGAAGAAUGUCCAAACUCUUGA